AUGCCUGAAAACCAAACACUUACACAGAAUGCAAAUGCUAUGGAUCAAUACCAAGAUGCGAGUCAUAUGUCUCCAAGGCGUCGCCAUGAGCAACGUCAGCCUUACGACAGCAUAAACCAAGACAGGAAUGAUGGGUGUCUUCAGCAGGUAUACAAUAGUCCAAAAGAUCACCAGUAUUACAGCAAUGAGAUUCCAAUCCAAGGGGGAAGACAUCGCGGCCAAGCCAACCAGAACAGCUAUGAGCCAUAUCAGAAUGGGUCGCCAUCUGUGCGUGGGGGCGAACAAACCUAUGAUAUCCGCGCUCAGGAGCAGGAACGUCAACAACUUGAUCAAUAUCAGCAAAACAGUGGUCAUCAGAGCCGUUCUCGUCGUCCAGAAGAUGGCUAUGGCCGUCAACAGAAGGAUGGCUACAACAAUGAAGGCCAAGGGCGAUUUGAUGCGUCGCAACAGAGUGGUCAUUAUCCUCAAAGCCAAAGCAAUGACCAUUACAAUCAAGCCCCAUAUGGCAAUGGCUAUAAUACCUCUCAAAACCAGCAUUAUGAUCAACAAGGCGGUUAUUAUGGAGGUCAUGGUGGGAAUGAUGUCCAGCAAAAUCCCUACAAUCCUCAGCAACAGUACAGCAACUAUAAUAAUUAUGGACGCAGCAAUGACCCUCACUUUGGACAGGCUCAAGAUAAUACUCAACGCACUUCUUCUAGAUCUGAUACACUUCAGAUGGAGAUGUCGGAAAUGAACCACGGCCUCAACAAGGCAGUUGAGUCUGAAGGACAAGGGAAUGUUAAGAAUGAUCCCGGAGACAAGAACAAAGCAAAGGGGAAAGGCGCUGUCUGCUGCAGCAUUAUGUAG